AUGCCUACUGUCUCUGAAAUUACGGGUACGAUGAUACAAAAGGACGACAGGCUUUCAAUGCUUUCUUUCUUCACGGCUUUGGUCAUCAUUUUAGUUACAACUCGUUCCAUUUCUCAUGAUGAGAUUGAAUACAUUACGUUCACUGAUUCGAUUUGUUUGACGUCAGAAUUCAACAUAUCACGAGAUAACUUUGUUCUCCAAACUGAAACACGAAUCGAGCUGAAGAUGUCGUUUCCAAAUUGUGAAGAUUCUUGGAGGAUGUGCGUGAAACAACAAGGCCGAAUGGGCGAACUUCAACUGAUUGAUGACGAUCGAACAUGGAUUAACACAGCGGAGACGAUGAAAGAGCAUUACAUGCCACUUUUCUUGCAGAUUACUAUACUUAUUGUUUUAUUUGCAAUGUCUGCUCUGUUCUCCGGUUUGAACCUCGGACUUAUGUCAUUGUCUAUUCAAGAGCUGAAACUGAUUAUUAAAAGUGGCUCGAAAAAGAAAGCGAAAUACGCGAAGAUAAUCUUGCCUGUAAGGAAAAUGGGCAAUUAUCUUCUGUGCACCAUCUUAAUCAUGAACGUGGUGGUGAACGCCGCAAUCUCAAUUCUGUUCGAAGAUCUCACAUCUGGUAGUGUUGCAUUUAUUACCGCAUCACUGGGAAUAGUCGUGUUUGGUGAGAUCGUUCCACAAAGUGCAUGUGUGAAGUAA